AUGGCCCAACGUCUUCCGGCAUUCUCCGCGUCAAUUGCACUGGUAGCUUCCAAGCGCGGUUCCGCCACUCUCUCCUCGUUCACCGCGUCGCGGGUGCCUCUCGUGCGCCAUUCCACAGUGUCAUUUCACCGUCAGCGACCAACACCGCGCUUCCCGCAACUCCCUCCAGACUCCAUUCGCUCACCGACUGCCCAACUCGGAAACGUUGAAGACCUGCCCGCCGAACGGAUCCCCGGCGACGCCGCGUUAGUGCCGCAGCACUGGCACCGCCCCGGUGUCUACGGCGUGUACUCGAUCAAUGCGGAGCUGCAGUAUGUCGCGGCCGUACGCGACGUCGGCGCCGCCAUCGCGACGCACAUAACCAUCAUCAAUGACCCCAAGCUGGUGUUUGCCGUACGCAUGAUCUUGGUGGACACGGUCGAGCAGGCGCCGCUGGGCGACAUUGCGGAGACUUGGGUGCUGACGCACUUUGAGCACGGCCCGGGCGUGCCGCCAGGGAACGGCGACGCCGCGCCGAUAUGGAGGGAGGAAGAGCUCGUGCGCACAGCUGACAUUUAUUUCCCGCCCAAUACGGAGCCAGAAAUGGUGCGGUCGGCAAUCAAGCGUGUUCUGAGGGAGAAUAAGGUGCUGCUGUUCAUGAAGGGCACGCGGGAAGAGCCGAGAUGCGGGUUUAGUAAGCGAACGGUGGAGAUGUUGGACAGCGUGCUGGGAAACGAGUUUGUUUGUAUGGAUGUAUUGGAUGAGAUUAGAAAUCGCGGGCUGAGGGAAGAGAUCAAGAAGUUCUCGGAAUGGCCCACUAUUCCGCAGCUCUACGUCAAUGGUGAUUUUGUUGGAGGCGCAGAUAUCGUGCAAUCCAUGAAGGACUCUGGGGAACUUGACACUUUGCUCCAACCACUAGUGAAAUCUGCAAACUAACGUCAUCUCUGCCAAAUGUAUCAGGCGAGAGUCGUGUGCGUUUUAGUCAUCAAAGAGUGUAAGCCUCUUCUAUUCCUUAUAAUAUAAGGAUUAUUGCUCUGGGAGAUUCAUGGGGGCGGAGUGCGAGGUAUAUUCGCAAAUUCCCUGGGGGGGGGGAGGCUAUUGUGUAUAAAUGAAUGCCCUUGGGUGAGUGCGGAACGGAGACUUCAUCGCUUUACGGGGGGCGUGCGAGAUGUUCGCGCGAAGAGUGUCUGGCAAGGUCGGAGGCGAUGGCUGCAGUAAAGAAGCGUCAAGUCGGAAAGGCGUUGGCGCUGAAAAAAUAGUUUACUAUGCAAGUAGGAAACAAAACUUGAUGCGUUGUUGG